AUGGCGCUGUGGCGGAUCCAGGCGGUGCUGGGGACGACGCUCGCGCUGGCGGUGGGGUCGUUCAACGCGGGGAGCGUGGCGACGAUGGCGGAGGCGGGGUCGCAGUUCGGCGCGCAGCUCGCGUGGGCCUUCGCCUUCGCGCACGGGCUCGCGCUGCUGCUCAACCUCCUCGCCAUGCGCGUCGCCUUCGCCACGCGCCAGUCGCUGCCGCUCGUGAGCCUCGCGCCGCCGCGCUGCCUUAUAAGAACUGUUUUAGGCUUUCCUGCCCUGAUCCACGGGUUUCGUCGCUCCGCGCUUCAUCGUCCACCCGGCACGCUCUCCUCUCGCCUGCGAAGAUUUUCGCCAAUCAGAUCGCGUCUUUCGCCGCAUUGCCCGCUGCCAAUCCUCCCCUUCGCUGCUCCUUCCCCCCCAUCCCCUCCCAUUUCCCCCCACCCCCCCCCGCUUCCCCCCGCGCGUGACCACGUGCGCGGCGCGCAGGUGAUCGUGCGCGAGUAUCCGCGCGCGUUCUGCCGGCUGGUGUGGGUCAUCUGCGAGGCGUCCGUGCUCUGGUUCGACCUCGUCACGGUGCGUACUAGGCAGCGCGGUGGCGCUACAGCAGCUGCUGGGGGUGCCCUUCAAGGCGGCGCUGCUGCUGCACGCUUCCUCUCGUCCCCCAUCCUUCCCGUUCCCCCCGGCCCCCUCCCCCUUUCCUUCCCCCAGGUACUAGGCAGCGCGGUGGCAUUGCAGCAGCUGCUGGGGGUGCCGUUCAAGGCGGCGCUGCUGCUCGCCGCGGGAUCGGGCGUGCUGCUGCUCCAACUGCCGCUGCCGCAGGCGCACCAGGCGGUCUCAGCAUGUGUGGCGUGCGCCCUCCUCGCGCUGCUCUGCGCGGCCCUGCAAUGCCUCCUCGCAGGGCCCGCCUUCCUGCUCGCGUCGCUCUCAGCGGCGCUGCUGCCAGCACUGCCGCCCGCCUCGCUGCACCUCGUGCUCGCUGCUAUCGGCGCGCUCGCCCUGCCCCACCGCUUCCUGCUGCUCUCCGCGCUCGUGCUGCAGGCGCCUCCUCUCUGCCAUCUAGGCGCCUCCUCUCCUCUCUGCCAUCUAACAAUGCCCAUGCCCCUACAGCAGUCGUCGCCCUCCCAAGGCGAAACGCCCGUGCAUGUUAAGCAUGUGCCCUGCCUUCACCCCGCGCUCCUCCCGUCUCCCUCUCUGCCAUCCACCUCCCAGGACGACCCAAGCGCGCGCGAUCUCAUGGAACCGCCACCAGACACGCCAUCCUCCCCUCCUGACGCCUCCGCCUCCGCCUUCCACCCCUCUGCCACCCACCCCCUCGCCCCAGCCUCCCCCUCCUCCGCCUCCCUCUCCCCCUCGGACCCCCCCCACGCGCCGUCCCCCCAACAGCAGCAGUACCGCCGCGACUUCAUUCACUCCCAGCUGCUCGCUGCUGCCGCCACGCUCGCGCUGCUCCUAGGGGCCUCCGCCGUGGGGCAGGGUGCGGGGGUGGACGGGGGAGGGGCAGACGGACAGGAAGAUGGGGAAGGGUUUGAAGGGGUGGAGGGGGGUGGGGAGGGGCGGGUGGUGCGAUUGUGGGGUGUGUAUCGGCUGGUGGAGCAGGUGGUGAACAGCAACGUGGCGCCCACCUUCGCCUCCCUCGCUCUCCUCUCCUCCUUCCACCUCUCCACCCCCACCAACGCCUAUGCCGGCCAGCUCUCCGCCUCCACCUUCGCCCACGUGCACCUGCGCCCCUGGCACCGCUUCCUCCUCACCCGCGCCCUCACCCUCCCGCUCCUGCUCCUCCUCUCCCUCACCCUCGGGGACGCCGCCACGCUCUCCCUCCUCUCGCACUCGCAGCUCCUCCUAGCCCUCCUGCUCCCCCUAGCAGCCGUCCCCCUGGUGCGCCUGGCGGCGUCCCCCGCGCUCAUGGGGCGCCACCGCGUUGGCCCCGCGCUGGAGCUCGUCAGCUGGGCGGCGUGCCUCUCCGCGUGCGCCCUCUCUGUCUGGUUCCUCGGGGACGCACUCUUACGCUUCGCCACAGCAGAGGCAGUCGCGGGGGGCGCGGAUGGGGAUGAUAUCGGGGGAAUGGGGCUGUGGGAGUGGGUGGUGGCGGGGGAGUUUCUGUCCGCGGGGGGAGGAGAGGAGGACGACGGGGAGGGGCUGGCCGUGGGGCUGUCGCCGUCCGCUGUGUGGCGCAACGUUCGGCAGCUAGUGGCGGUGUUUGGCGGGACGGCGCUGGUGGGCGGCAUGCUGGGCGGGCUGCUUUGGCUCAUGCUGCUGCCGCUGCGGUCGGAGGACGAGCAGCAGCGCCGCCUGCUGCUCUCCCACUCCGCCUCCGCCUCCCUCUCCGCGCCCUCCCCCUCCUCCGCCUCCGCCCCCACCUCUCUCCGCCGCCCCCGCCCCCUGCCACUGGCAGCAGCGCAGGACAGGCGGGGAGGGGAGGCGCGGUGGGGGGCGGAGAGGGAGGGGAGGGCGGGCGCGGGGGGGACAUGGGAGCUGCCCCGCCCCUCCGCGUCCCCUGUGUCUGGGCCGCUGCCUGUGUUGCUCCCUGGCGCGGAGAGAGGGGGGGAGAGGGCGGGGGAGAAGGGGGAGGGCGCGGAGGGGGGGUCGUGGAACAGUGCACUGAGGAGGCGCGUGGGGGGGCAGCAGUGGCAGCAUGGGGGGGACAGGGGGGAGGUGGGGGAGGGCGUGAGGGGUGUGGUAUCAGAGGGGGUGGGUGGGUAUGGUAGCAGCAGUGGCAGUGGCGGUGGCGGUAUGGGUGGAGUGGGAGUGGGAGUGGGUGGGGAGCACAUGCGAGUGCAGCGAGCAGCGUCGGUGUCGGGGUGUGUGGCGGAGAGGGAGGUGGGCGGAGGAAUGGGCGCAGGUGUGGGCGUGCAGGGGGGAAGUGGCAGGGAGGCGGAGAGGGGCAGGCAGGGGGCGGGGAGAGCCAGCAUGCUGUCAGCGGCAGGUGGCGAGCAGUGGCAGGUGAAGGAGGGGGGGGCGCAGCUACAAGCAGGCCGGCUUGGUGGGGAGGAGCUCGCUGUCUCUGUGCGUGCUGUGGCAACCGCAGCAACAGCCACAGCAGCAGCUGGCGCAGCCGCAACAGGUGCGGGAGCGGCAGCAGCAGCAGCUGUUGCUGCAGGUGGGAAGGCAGGGGAGGAGAGGAGGGGAGAGGGCGAGGGGGGUGUGGGAGGGGGAGAGGUGGUGGUGGCACCGGGUUUUGAGGCGCCUCAACAAGCGGUGGUGGCACCGGCAGUGGCGGGCGAAGGGCGUGUGGGCGACCCUGUGCUGCCUGCCCCUGCACCGGUUGUACCGUCACCAAUUGCCCCCGCCCCGGUUGCAGCUACACUGGUUGCACCUGUACUGGUUGCACCCGCACUGAUUUCAUCUGCUGAGAAGGUUUCAUCUGCUGAGAAGGUUUCAUCUGUUGAGAAGGUUUCAUCUGCUGAAACAGUUUUAUCCACUGACAUGGUUUCGCCUGCUGAGAAGGUUCCAUCUGCUGAGAAGGCUUCGUGUGCUGACAGGGAGGGGGUGAUGCGAGGAGAGGGGAGCGCGGAGACUGCUCAGGAGGAGAGCGGCGAGGAGGAGAAGAACGGUGGGGAGGGGGGCGGAGGCAAGGAGGAGGGGGUGGUGGUUCCGUUUGACAGAGCGGUGACUCUGGCGGAUGGCGUGGCGCGUGUGCGCCAUGGCCCUGGUGGGGGCACUGGGCAGGGCGAUUGUGGUGCCGGCGCAGGGGAGACUGGGGGGGGAACAGCAGGGCGUGGGGAGACGGGCGAGCAAGGGGAGAUGGGCAACGAGCAGACGGGCAGGGAGUGUGGGGAGGCGGCGAGGUGGGAGGGUGUUGUAGGUGCGGAGAAGGUGAGUGAGGGAAUGAGCGUAGUGGAAGGAGGAGGUAUGGAGAAAGGACGUGUGGUGCAGGGAGGGGAGGGAGGGGAGGGAGGGGAGGGAGGGGAGGGAGGGGAGGGAGGGGAGGGAGAGGAGGGUCGAGAAAAAGGAGAGGAAGAGGAGAGAGGAGAGGGAGACGGGGAGAGAGAGGAGAGUGGGGAAUGCAGUGAAGCAGAUAAGGAGGCGAGAGAGAAAGGCAACGAGACGGCUAAUGAAGAGGCGAAGAAGAGUAGUGUUGAGGCAUCGGGGGCGAUUGGAGAGUCAAUGGAGGAGGGCGAUGGUGGCUUGGCGGAGAAGGGGGGGGCGGGAGUGGACAGGGAGAGGGGAGAGAAGGGAGACGACGGGGAGAGAGGGGCGAAGGGAGAGGAGGGGGAGAAGGGGGAGAAAGGCGAGAGGAAAGGGGAGGUGGGAGCGGAAACGGAAGGGCUGGGGGGAAGGGAAGCGGAGAGGAAGGAGGAAGGGGAAUUGGGAGUAGAUGGGGAGCAACGAGGGGGCGAAGAGCAUGUGGAGGACGGGGUUGGGAAGGAGGCAGAGGCACGGGAGGCCAUGCACAUUGGGGACAGCGUUGGGACGGGGGGAGCUGAAGAGGAGGCUGGCGCGGGCAGGGUAGAGGGGGAAGGGGAAGAAAAGGGUGGGGAGGUUGCGGAGGGAGGGAAGGGAGGGAAGAGUGGAGAGGAUGGGGCAGUGGAGCAGCGAGGAGAAGGCAAGGACGAGGGGCGAGGGGACACAAAAUUGGAUGGGCAACAACAGGCGGGACAGGAGGCGGCAGGAGAGGGGUCGGUGCGUGCAGGUGAGGAGGCAGCAGCAAGUGCGGCUGUGGGUGAGGGGGGAAGGGACGUGGGAGCUGUGGCGCACAGCCAGGCGCCCAUGGGCGGAGGGCAAGCGCGGGCUGAGGGGCAUGGGGUGGGCGCAGGUGGCGGGGCAGGGAAGGGGGAGCAGGCUGACGAGGCUGUUGUGCCUGUGGGGAAGGGGGAGAGGCGGGCGGAGAGGGAGGCAGGGGAGGAGGGGGUUGAGGGUGAGGGCGCAGGGGAGGCGAAGAGGCACCGGGUGGAGGGAGGCGGUGGUGGGGAGGCGGGGGGAGGGGCAGUGGCGGAGGAAGGGCCAGGGGCGGACGCAGGGGCAGGGGCGGAGGGCGCAGGGGAGAUGGAGGUGGAGGAGCAGGAGAAGCGGGUGGUGGCAGUGGGAGGAGUGGCGGAGGUGAGUGCAGGUGAGGGGGGUGCCGUCGUUGCGCCCUCUGCAGCCGCCGCCUUUGCUGCUGCCGCAGCCCCACCACCAGUCGUGGCAGCAUCAGUAGCAGCAGCAGCAGCUUCAGCUGCAGUAGUAAAAGCAUCAGCAGCAGCAACGGUUGCAGCUGGUGUGGCAGGUGGCAAACCACAGCAGCACCACACCCAUUCCCAGCAGCAGCAGCAGCAGCAGCAGCAGCAGCAGCAGCAGCAGCAGCAGCAGUCCCACGUGGCCCGGUCAGCCCUGUCCAAAUCCCCACCUCUGCCCGACUCCACCCCCCUCCUCCCUGCCCCUAUGCCCCGCACGCCUUCCCCCCCGUCCGCCCAGGCUGCGCCCUUCACUGGUGCGCGCAGCAGCAUAGGCAGCCCCUGCGGGUCUGGAUCCCUCUCUGACCUUCUGCACCACUCCCAACCGCGCCAGCACUCCUCACUGCUCGCAUCCGCUGCUGCAGCUGCUGCGAGGGGCAGUGAUGGCGAUGGGCUGGGCGCUCUGCCGUCUGGGGCGGGUGGCAUGGGCGGCAGUGGCAGCAUGGGCGGCAGUGGGAGCGGCAGCCUGUCACGUGUGUCUGGGCUGGGCAGGGGUGCGAGGAGGCAGUUUGCAGCCAUUCUGGACGAGUUCUGGGGAGGAUUGUUUGACCUGCACGGCCAGCCCGUGCCCCUGCCCGCUGCCCGCCCCCCGGGGGGGAGCAGCAAGGCGGGGGGGAAGGGGGGAGGGGAUGGGGGGAAGGGGAAAAGAGGUGGGGCGGAUGGGAGUGCGGGUGGAGGGGUGGGAGGGAUUGGAGUGGGCGCUGGUGCUUGCUCCAGCAUGCUUGGGGCUGCUGCCACUGCCACUGCUGCUACUGCCACUGCUGCCGCUGCCGCUGCUGUCGGUGCUGCAAGCAGUGCCGGUGGCUACGGUGGUGGUGGCGGGGGUACAGCAGCAGGUGCGGCAGCAGCAGCAGCAGCAGCAGCAGCAGCAGCGGUGGUGGGGGGUGCAGCAGGCAAUGCGGGCAACGGAGCACAUCCCUUCCCACCCGCCCUCCCCUCAGAGGAUCAUCUCUUCUCCCCCGACCCGCUCCCCGACUCCCUCUCUCUCACCGCCUCCCUCACUCUCCCGGACCCCCUCGCCCUCACCGCCCACCGCCGCUCCUCCUUCGACGCCUCGUCCCCCCCGCCCCCCCUCCACGACCCCUUUCUCUCCCGCGACCCCUUCUCCGCCCGCCCCACCCUCUCCCGCCCCCCCACCGCAAUGUCCCCCCUCCUCUCCUCCUCCUCCGCCGCCCACCCCUCCCCCUCCGCGCGCCAGUACAGCACACUGGCGCAUCUCCCCAAGUUCUCCGACCUGCCCCCCCAGCAGCAGCACUCGCUGCUCACCGCACCCCCCUUCCUCCCCUCGCUCUCUUCCCUCUCUGCCUCCCCCGCGCCUGGCGGCCCUCACAGGGAGGUGGAGGGCCCCAGUCGCUCCACCCCCAACCUGUACGCGGAUCUGCUCGCGCAGGGCUAUGGGGGAGGCGGGGGGAGGGCGGGCGGGGGAGGGGGAGGCGGAAUGGGGCUGGGAGGAGGGCGGGGGGCGUUUGGAGCGGUUGGGUCGGCGGCUAUGGGCGGAUCUGGGAUGUCUGCUGCUGCUGGGCUGCUGGGUGCCGCCGCUGCUGCUGCUCCCUUCACCCCUCUGUACCAGCAACAGCAGCAGCAACAGCAGCACCAGCAACAGCAGCAGCAACAGCAGCACCAGCAACAGCAGCAGCAGCACGCAUCCUCCUCUUUCUUCUCCUCCCAGCCGCACCCACACUCGCAACAGCAGCAGCAACAGCAGCAGCAACAGCUGUGGCAGCAGCAGCAGCAGCAGCAGGCAUGGCUGCAGCGUGGGAACAGCAUGGAUGGCAUGGGCAUGGACAUGGGGAUGGGCAUGGAUCAAGGAUUGCACAGGGGCAUGGAUAUGAAUAUGGGUAUGGGAAUGGGAAUGGACAUGGGCAUGGGCAGGAACGAGCGCUUGGAUCAGUUGGCACAGAGCUAUGCAAGCUUUGCUCCUCCAGACGCCAUGCGAGGCACCAACCCCCUCUCCCAUGCGCACGCCCAUGAUCAACCCCAGGGCUACCCCCAGGGCCACCCGCAGGGCCAUCCGCACGCCCCCAUGCACCAGCUGGUGGGGGCCUCCCCCUCCGCUCCCCCCGGCUUCCCCUUCCCCCGCCACCCCUCCCCCCCUGCGCCUGCAGGGGCGCCGUGGGGGGGAGGGGCAGUGGGGGCGGGGAGAGGAGAAGGCGGGUGGAUGGGAGACAGCAGCAGUGGCAGCAGUGCAUUUGGAGGGGCCGGUGGUAACCACAUGGAGUGGCAACAGCAGGGGCAGGGGCAGGGGCAGGGGCAGCAUGGCAUGGGUGCAGUGAAGCCCAUCGGCCCUCCCUCCCGCCGCCAGCAGCCCGAACAGGAGGAGCAGCAGAGCAUGAGCAGCAGCAGCAGCACUCACUCCUCUCUGUGGGCCAGCAACCCGCGUGACAUGCUCUUUGGCACGCACUCCGGCCCCCUCUCCUCCUCCCUCUCCUCCUCCCCCGCCUCCUCCUCCCCCUCCUCCUCCACCCCUCUCGCCGCCCCUCCCUCCACCGCACCCAGCCACUCCCCACCCAAACCAUCCCCCUCACCACCCCCGGCGAAACCCCACGUGCAAACCGAGGAAGAGCGGCGGAUGGACCGGCUGAGAGUGUGCUUGCACCGGCUGCUACGUCUAGACGGCAGUGACUGGCUGUUCCGGUAUGACACGGGCAGCGAUGAAGACUUGGUUGCUGCUGUAGCCUACCGGGAGAAACGACUUGCAGGGGAUGCUGCCGCUGCUGUGGCUGUGGGGCUGGGCGGAGGGGGCGGUGGGGGCGGCGGGAGCGGGAAGUGGGGGGGGAUUUUGGAGGGGCAGGCGCAGGGGGGGCAGGGAGGGGGGGGGAAGGAGGGGGAGAUGGAGCUGCCGCCGUCGAUAUGGGGGCAUGGCCAUCACAACAGCCCAUCCCUGUCUGUUACCACUGCCCUCAUCACUCUCCCCUCCCCCGCUCUCCCCAUUCCCCCCUUCUCUACCUUCCCUCUCUCUCCCUUUCCCCCCUCUUUCCAACAUCCACCUCUCUCCCUUCCUCUCUCCCCUUUCCCCUCCCCUCCACCCCUCUCCCUUCCUCUUCCCCCCCAGGGUAUACUGGACCCGGCAUUCUUCCGUCUCCGCACCACGCCGCGCCUCUGCCAGUGCUACGGCGACCGAGCCAACCUCCCAGCCCUCUCCGCGCAGCCGGUCUUCCACGGCGCGCUGCUCUCCGCCAUGCUCGGAUCUCAGCUGCCCCUCGCCAACCCCUCCUGGCCCCUCGGCGCACCCCCAGGACAGCCCAAGCCGGCGUCGCCAGCUCUGUUCCUGGAGAGGAUAAGGGAGGUGGAGGUGGCGGUGGGGGCGCGGAAGGGGCGCACGGGCACGGCGGCAGGGGACGUGGCGUUCCCCAAGGGCAAGGAGAACCUCGCCUCCGUGCUCAAGCGGUAUAAGCGCCGCCUGGGGGGCAGGCCGUCAGGGGGAGGGGGAGGGGGAGGGGGAGGGGGAGGGGGAGGGGGAGGGGGAGGAGGGGGAGGAGGGGGCGGAGGGGGAGGGGGAGGGGGGGGAAGAAGGUACUGA